CCAACUCUUCCCACUUUACGCGCCUGCCUUGUGUCCGCGCCUGCCCAUCCUGUACUCCCCCAUCGCCAACAUCAACCCGGCGGGCAUCGCCAUCAUGCGGCCCACCCCGCCCGCCGACCACCCCGCCCCUGGCCCCCAGUUCCCCGUCCCAGACGCCACCCCCAACGCCCGCAGACGAGGACGCCCCUCCACCCGCGGAGAAGCAGGCGUCACCCCCCCGCCAGAGAACGGCUGGUGGGAGGACCGCGCGCCCAGCUGGCACAAGGAUGCCAUCCACGGCGGCAAGUCGUCCAUGGACUAUCUCAUGGAGUGGUCCGAGGAGAUGAAGAACCAGGGCCACUACUACUGGAUGGGCGUGAGAGACGGCGGAAACUUGCAUCAAGGCGCCGCGAGGUUCAGGGACUACUUGUACUCCCAGCAUGGUCCUAUCAGGAGGUCUAGCAAGGCUAUCAGAAACAAGGUUGAGAACGUCAAGACCAAGUUCUUUGAAGCGCAAGAGUGGCUCAAGGAUCCUGGGGCUGACCACAUCACCAUGUCCAUCCCGGAUGUAGAGAAAAAGCUCAACAAGAUCUGCCGCAACUAUCGAUUCUGGGAGACAAUUUUUGUCGAGAACGCACCUAUGCUUGAUCCCUCUUCGCAAGUUGAAGGCCCGUCUAGCCAAGGUCCCCAUACUCUCAACCAAGCUCAGGCUGUCCCUCAGAAUCCCAUGCCGCUCAUUCGAGGGAUUCCAGGUUCUGAAAAUGCAGAGAUUGAGCAACCUGCUCCUGUCCGCAACAUUCGACGCCGGCUCAAUGAUGGCACCGCCGCUGCCGCUCCCGAAACCCCCUCCUCGGUCGGCCGCAUUCCUCCUUCCGGCUAUCUCGAGCGAACUAGGGAAGAGCGCGAGCGCGAAAAGCACGACCUCGCCAAGAGACAGCACGCCCUCGCCGCUGAGCAGCUCGAACUUGAAAAGAAGAAGGAGGCGAGAGAGGCGAGAAGAUUCCAGUGGGAGCAGCACAAGCACCUUGUCGAUACCGCGGUCAGGCUCCGGGAAUUGGACCUCAUUCCUGUGGAGGCCGGGUUGAUCAAGGCCAAGGCUUUGUAUGCUCAGGCUGCUGAUGAGGAUCAGGCCAACGCCAAUGUGUAGCCACUUUUUAUCGUUAUCUUUGUUUAGUUUUUGGAAUAUAGUCUCGUGGUUUGUAAAGAAGUCGUUGGAAUCAUGUAAAACAGUGUUUCAUGGAGGAGCGGUCGCUCGUGACCGCUAGCCAUAGAUCCGUCGUCGCAAGUCUUUGAAGUGGGAGCAGAGUCGUGUUGCAACACCCCAUUGCCUAGAAAGCCAAAAUUAUCUUGAUCAACGAACGUAAUCAGUCUAUUCUUGUAGACAGC